CACCAACCAGCCGCGUUCCUGUCUUCCUCGUCGUGUCCUUUUGCAUCACUCUCUUCCUCUGCGCUCACGUCUUCCUCUUCAGCAGCAAUGGUUUCGCACUACGAGAUCGGAACGCGCUGCUGGCAGCCUGACGACAGCGAAGGCUGGGUCUCUGCCGAGAUCACCUCCAAAGAAGUCGACGGUGAUAAAGUCUCUCUUGUUCUCACUCUCGAGAACGGAAACACGAAUACAGUCACCACCACCCUUAAGGACAUCGAAGAUGAAAACAAUCCGAGUCUUCCUCCGCUUUCCAACCCUCCCAUUCUCGAGGCAAGUGAGGAUCUCACCAAUCUUUCGUAUCUGAACGAGCCUGCUGUCCUCCAUGGCAUUAAGAUGCGUUACCAGCAGCUCAAUAUCUACACCUACUCCGGAAUCGUCUUGAUCGCUACAAAUCCUUUCCAACGUGUCGAUAAUCUCUACUCUCCCGAUAUCAUUCAGAUGUACUCUGGCAAAAGACGCGGCGACUUAGAGCCGCAUCUGUUUGCAAUUGCUGAGGAUGCGUACAGAUGCAUGAUUCGCGACGAAAAGAAUCAGACGAUUGUGGUUUCGGGUGAAUCAGGUGCCGGAAAGACCGUGAGCGCGAAGUUCGUUAUGCGUUAUUUCGCGACCGUCGAAGAUUCCGACAAGCCAAGCAGUAAGCGCACAAAGUCGGCUGCCCUCAGCAAAACCGAAGAACAGAUUCUUGCGACAAAUCCAAUCAUGGAAGCGUUUGGUAACGCAAAGACCACUCGUAACGAUAACUCGUCCCGAUUCGGCAAGUACAUUGAGAUUCUGUUCGACAGCAAUCCCGAUAUUAUCGGCGCAAAGAUCAGAACCUACUUGCUCGAGCGCUCGAGAUUGGUGUUCCAGCCUGCUACCGAGCGUAACUACCACAUCUUCUACCAGCUUUGCGCCGGUGCUACCGACGAAGAGCGAGAGGAGCUGGCCCUCAAGCCUGUUGGAGAGUUUCAGUAUCUCAACCAGGGCGGAGAUCCUGUGAUUCCGAACGUUGACGAUGCGGAAGAGUUCAAUGCCACUAAGACUGCUUUGGCUACUGUCGACAUCGACGCCGACAUGCAAGCGCAGAUUUUCAAGAUUCUAUCGGCCUUGCUACAUAUCGGAAACAUCGAAAUCACCGCCGGACGCACUGAUGCUAAUCUGUCCUCAACCGAGCCAUCGUUGGUUCGCGUUUGCGAGUUUUUGGGAAUCGACGCGUUCUUGUUUGCGAAAUGGAUUACAAAGCGCCAGAUUGUCACGCGAAGCGAAAAGAUUGUCACAAACAUGAACUUCAAGCAAGCCGUCGUCGUUCGUGACUCUGUAUCCAAAUACAUCUACUCCGCUCUCUUUGACUGGCUCGUUUUUGUUACCAACAAAUCAUUAGCGUCCAAAGAAGUCGAGGAUGCCGCGAAGAACUUCAUCGGUGUUUUGGAUAUUUACGGUUUCGAGCAUUUCCAGCGCAACUCCUUCGAGCAGUUCUGUAUCAAUUAUGCCAACGAAAAGUUGCAGCAGGAGUUUACGCAGCACGUCUUCAAGCUCGAGCAGGACGAGUAUAUGCGCGAGGAGAUCGAGUGGACUUUUAUCGAGUUCUCUGACAAUCAGCCGUGCAUUGAUCUAAUCGAAGCUCGUAUCGGAAUCCUGUCUCUGCUAGAUGAGGAGUCGCGAUUGCCUGCCGGCUCAGAUGAGUCUUGGAUUCAGAAGCUCUACACCAACUUUGAUGUCGACAAGCACAAGACUUACUUCAAGAAGCCAAGAUUCGGAAAGACUUCAUUCACCGUGCACCAUUACGCCAUGGAUGUCAAUUACGAGUCAGAAGGCUUUAUUGAGAAGAACAGAGAUACUGUGCCGGAUGAGCAUCUCGAGCUGCUGAUGUCCUCGACCAACUCCUUCCUGAAAGAAGUUCUCCAAGCUUCACUUGACCUUGCAAAGGCUGAAACUCCUGCCCCGGCAGCUGCAGCCAAGCCCGGUCCCGCGAAGCGCGGUGGUGCUCUGGCCAACAAGAAGCCUACGCUUGGCGGUAUCUUCAAGAGCUCUCUGAUUGAACUGAUGAACACGAUCAACUCUACUAAUGUUCACUACAUCCGCUGUAUCAAGCCCAACGAGCAGAAAGAGGCGUGGAAGUUCGAUGGACCUAUGGUUCUCAACCAGCUGCGAGCCUGUGGUGUGUUGGAGACGAUUAGAAUCAGUUGCGAAGGUUUUCCUACCAGGUCCACAUUCGAGGAGUUUGUCAACAGAUAUUACAUGAUUGUCCACUCGUCAAACUGGAACAGACCGAUCAGCGAAUUCGCACACGCCAUUCUAGAGAAAUCAAUCACUCAAGAGAACAAGUAUCAGCUUGGAAAGACAAAGAUAUUUUUCCGCGCGGGUAUGCUGGCUCUGCUAGAAAACAUGCGCUCAGCUCGCUUGAACGAAUGCGCGGUCUUGCUGCAGAAGAAUCUCCGGCGGUUAUACUACCGCAAUGAGUAUCUGCGCACGCGGAACUCAAUCAUCGCGGCUCAGACAGCAAUCAGGGGUUACCUCACGCGGCAGCGAAUGGAGAAGAUCCGCUUGGAUACCGCUGCUACGAAGAUCCAGAGCGUGUGGCGUGGUUACCAUGGUCGUACCACCUAUCUCGCCAACCGGGCAGCGGUCAUCAAAGCCCAGGCGAUCAUUCGUGGAUACAACACUCGCAAGAAUUUGCUCAAGGACAGAGAGAAUGGCGCAGCCCUCACUAUCCAGCGCACGUACCGUGGAUUCGCAGCUCGCAAGUCAUACAAGAGUGAACUACGAAACAUUACCAUUGUGCAGAACCUUUGGAGGAAGCGGCUGGCGAAGCGGGAGCUGGAGCAGCUGAAGGUGGAGGCUCGGUCGGUUAACCAUCUCAAGGAGGUCUCGUAUCACCUUGAGAACAAGGUCGUCGAGCUCACUCAGACUCUCGCCACCCGGACACAGGAGAACAAGAAGCUCUUGACCCAGAUUGACCAGCUGGAAUCGCAGCUGACUUCCUGGCAGGAGAAGCACGACUCUCUCAAGUCCUUGGCUGCCGAGCUCGAGACCGAGGCUGCCGGUGCUAAUGAGCACUUGAAGCGUGCUGAUGAGUUGGAAACUAAGCUUGAUCAACUGAAGCAGAAGUACGACGAGUCCCUGAACAAGUUCCAAGCAAAGGAGGUUGAGGCGGAGGAACUCCGAAAAGCUUUGGCUGACAAGUCUGAGAAACUCGAGGUUGCUCUUGAGGAGUCGCAGAAGGAGAAGGAAGAGAUCGAGGCUAAUUUGACGAGUGAGAUUGAGAAGCUCAAGCUUGAAAUCGAGAAGCUUGCCGCUCAUCCUCCGGCCACAAACGGCCAGAUCGCGGGCAUCAACGGCGAUUCUCGGGGCAUCAACGGAACUCCCACUUCAGCCAAUCUUCUUGCUCUGCAGGGAUCAAAGUCGAAGCCUCACAAGCGUCACAGUAUGGCUGGCAACAGCCCGAUGAAGGACACCGACUCUGUCGAGUUGCGCACGCCGAGAGAUUUCAACCCUCGCCCGGCUUCGAUGACUUCGUCGCCAGGUCACUUUGCGGCCUUCGGUGAUUCUGGAAGAGAUGAGUUCUCUAUUGAAGAAUCUAUUGACUCUGAUAUUGAGAAACUGCUUGAUCGCACUGAUGUCAUUCAUCUGGAAGUUCUGCGCGGCCUUAUUACAAAUCUUAAGAUUCCCCAACCCACAGGAGAGAACCUCGCGAAUGAGAAUGAGGUGCUGUUCCCGGCUCAUAUCAUCAACUUGGUCACCUCGGAGAUGUGGAGAUUGGGCUUUGUGAAGGAGUCGGAGUUGCUGCUUGCUGGUGUUAUGCAGACCAUUCAAGAGCAGGUCAUGUCGUACCAGGGCGAGGACAUCAUCAUGCCCGGAGCCUUCUGGCUGUCUAACGUCCACGAGAUGCUCUCGUUUGUGUUCUUGGCUGAAAUGAGUAUCAUUGAGAAUAAGAACGCGAGCGGGAUGGGCGAACUGGAAUUUCAGGAGUACGAGCGACUCGUGACGCUUGUCAAGCAUGAUUUCGAGAAUCUCGAGUUCAACAUCUACCAUACCUGGAUGAAGGAGCUCAAGCGCAUGAUGGUGAAAAUGAUCCUUCCAGCUGUUAUUGAGUCGCAGUCGCUGCCUGGUUUCGUUACCAACGAGGGCAACCGAUUCCUGAACAAGGUUCUGGGUCAGAGCGGACCCCAGUACAAGAUGGACGACCUGCUCGACUUUUUGAACCGUGUGCAGAAGGCUUUGAAGGCGUACUAUCUCGAGCAUGAUGUGACGCGACAGGCCGUUCUGGAGCUCCUCAAGUUGGUCGGUGUCACUGCCUUCAACGAUCUUCUUUCUCGACGAGGAUUCCUGUCGUGGAAGCGCGGUCUGCAGAUCAGUUACAAUAUCACACGCAUUGAAGAGUGGUGCAAGGCCAACGACGUGCCCGAGGGUACUCUCAAGCUCGAGCAUCUCAUGCAGGCGACUAAGCUAUUGCAGCUGAAGAAGGCUACACUAAACGAUAUUGCAAUCAUCUAUGAUAUCUGCUGGACUCUGACGCCCACCCAGAUUCACAAGUUGAUCAGCCAGUAUCAAUGCCAAGAUUACGAGGUGCCAAUCAGCUCUGAGAUCAUGAAAGAGAUUGCCAAGCGCGCGAUCGACAACGAGCAUGAUACUUUGCUCCUUGAGACCGUGCCGCUAGAUGACAGUGGUCCAUUUGAGAUUGCGGAGCCCCGAGAUUUGCUUGUCCUCGAGACAUACAUGCCUGGCUGGCUGCAAGUUCCGACACUGAAGAGACUGGCUUCGCUGACCGCACGAAACUCACAAAUCUAAAUAAUCGAAGAUCCUCAUUAAGAAGCCGAAUUUCGAUCGAUUCCAUUCGGAGGACAGUCUGAUGCUGUCUUACCAGGCAUCUUUGUCUAUACCUUCAUCUUAAAUUACUUCAUACUUUGUUAUUUUGAUCCUUUUGUACAUUUUUGACAGCUUGGUAUCCUUAUGGCGCAGACAUGCGUUCUGGCGUAAUACACGCGCGCGUCGUUGUCGAUUCUGCGUUACUGUGGUUCGGCCGCCAUUUGGAUUCUGGUGAUGAUUUUCUAUGAUUAUGAAUAUUGCUACUUUUUGAUAAUCCUACAUAUUUCUUCGAAAUACCUAUAG